AUGCCGACUCCUAUUAAAGGGAAAGUGGACAAGGUGAUGGUGUGCCCAGUCUUGCUUUGUGGAGAUGAGCUGAACCAGGAGAGACAGAGUCCUCCAGUGUUCCCCCCUCAGUCAGCUCUGCGUAGGCGAGAGCCUCCGUCGCUGUCUGUGGUCAGUCCAGACUGCUGCUCUGUGCUAGAGGACUAUAAGGAUGUUGUCAACAGGAGAGGUCAGGUGGAGCUUGUGGGCUUCACUGUUUCAGCUCCACGGAGGCUGCGUUUUAAAGUGCAGAGUCCCAGCAAACUCCUUGUUUCAUGGCGGGAGCCCAAAGGAAAUGUUGACAGCUAUUUAUUUUUCUACAACAGCAUACCAGGUGGUCAACAGAAGGAGGUCAUAGUGUCGAAAUCUGACACUAACGUGUUGAUAACAGACUACAAACCUUCGAAGGACUAUGUUUUCAGUGUUGUUGCUGUUAGAGGCAAAGAACAGAGCAGACCCCUUCAAGGCAGAUUUAAAGCUGAAAGCGGUGAUGAAUGGGACAAGACUGAGGCCUACCAGCCCACGGACUCAGCUGGGCCUCCUGUCGAAGCCAACGAGAUCUCUGGGGCUAAUCAGUUUGUGUGCCACACCGAGGCCAUUGCAGAUAUUGUGAUCCUGGUGGAUGGAUCAUGGAGCAUUGGUCGGGUCAACUUCAAACUGGUCCGGAUGUUUUUGGAAAAUCUGGUCAAUGCCUUUGAUGUUGACAUUGAUAAGACAAGAAUAGGUCUGGCACAAUACAGUGGGGAUCCUAGGGUAGAAUGGCAUCUUAAUACCUACUCCACUAAGGAUGCUGUUAUUGAUGCAGUCAGGACUCUGCCCUACAAAGGAGGAAAUACUCUCACAGGCCUUGCAUUAAAUUUUAUAUCUGAGAACUAUUUCAAACCGGAGUUUGGCUCACGGCUCGGUGUGCCAAAGAUUGGGAUCCUCAUCACAGAUGGAAAAUCCCAGGAUGAUGUUAUACCACCAGCAAAAAGCCUGCGGGAGGCUGGUGUUGAGCUGUUUGCUAUUGGUGUCAAGAAUGCAGAUGAGAAUGAAUUACGCUACAUUGCUUCAGAGCCAGAGGAAACUCACAUCUACAAUGUUGCUGACUUCAACGUUAUGAGCUUAAUAGUCGAGGCACUGACGAAAAUGGUUUGCGAACAAGUGGAGCAGCAGGACAAAGACAUCAGGCAGAAAGAGAAGAUGGGAAUGCCACUUAACAUGGAGACAUCAGAGAUCACUGCUCAAAGUUUUCGAGUCUCUUGGAGUCCUGCGCCUGGAAAAGUUGUUAAAUACAAAGUGGUUUAUUAUCCUGUUCGGGGAGGAGAACCACAGGAGUCUCUAGUGACCGGCGGUGAGACUUCGGUGGUGUUACAGCAUCUCCGCUCUCUGACUGAGUACCAGCUUGCUGUAUAUGCUGUGUACGCAAAUGAGGCAAGUGAAGCUCUGAGAGGAUCAGAAACGACCUUGGCGCUCUCAUCAGUGACCAGCCUCCAGUUGUUUGAUAUGACUCAAAGCACCAUGACAGCCAGAUGGGACCGUGUGGAUGGAGUCUCAGGAUACAUGCUACUGUAUUCCCCUCUUACAGAAGAUGGAGACUUAGAUAGGAAGGAGAUCAAUGUACCCGAUGCAGUGACAGAACUGGAGCUGGACGGCUUAAUGCCUGACACAGAAUACACCGUAUCUAUUUAUGCCAUGUAUGGAGAAGAGGCCAGUGACCCUGUUACAAAUCAGGAAACAACAUUACCACUGAAUCCUCCCAAGAACCUUCAGUUUUCUGACAUUACUCACAACUCUGCCCACAUCCGCUGGGACCAAGCAUCUGGGGAAGUUGAAGGUUACCACAUCAAGUGGGUCAUGGCAAAUGGACGAGUCACAAAGGAGGUUGACGUGGGCCCAGUGAGUUCGUAUGACCUCAGAGAGCUGUCGUCUCUGAUGGAGUACUCUGUGGCCAUCUUUGCCCAGUACAAUGAAGGCCGGUCAGAGCCACUCACAGACAGCUUCACCACCACUCCAGUACCUGGUCCAUUAAAUCUGCGCUCCAGUGAUGUUGGCACAGACAGAUUUAAGGUCAGUUGGGAUCAUUCAGCUGAGGACGUUGUUCUCUACAGACUCUCCUGGGCUCCAUUUGCCGGUGGCAACACCAAGCAGGUGGUUUUGAGCGGAAGUGAAAACAAAUACAUCCUGUCAGGUCUCAGUCCAUCUACUGAAUAUGAGGUCAUGCUGACAGCCAUAUUCACAGACAAGUCUGAGAGCGACACGGUCUCUGUGAUCGAGAAAACCACAACUGCUUCCUGUUUUCUUCCAGUGGAGCAUAAGGCUGUGAAAAACCUUUACCUGAGUGAUGAGACCACCCACAGCUUGGAUGCAUCAUGGGAGCUUGACGACCCUAAUGUGGCGCGCUACAGGGUUUCCUUUGUCGGCCUCAACGGGGACCAAAAGGAGCAGUUUGUAUCAGUUGGUGGUGUUCAGAAACGAGCGUUGCUUGAACAUUUACAACCCGACACCCAGUACAAAGUGACGGUCACACCUGUGUACAGUGAUGGACAGGAAGGCAUCAGUGCUUCUGCUUUGGGCUCCACAUUGUCCCUCUUGUCGCCAGAAAAUCUUCGCGUAUCAGAGGAGUCGUACAGCCAAUUCAGGGUCUCCUGGGAUCCACCUCAGGCUCCUACUCUGGGUUACAGUAUCGUUUACCAGCCUAUUAAUGUUCAAGGUCCAGUUUUGGAGACAUCAGUCGGUGAAGAUGAGAACUCCAUUGUCCUCCUCAAUCUGCUGAGUGGGACAGAGUAUAAUGUCCAGGUGACUGCUGCCUACACUGCAGGACAGAGCGAGCCGAUGCUAAUAAAUGGAAAAACAUUGUUCCUUGGUGUCUCCGGCUUGUCAACCUACCAGGUGCGUCCGACCAGCAUGUGUGUUCAGUGGCAGCCUCUUCUACAUGCUACAACGUACAGAGUCUCCAUAAAGUCGACACUCGAUGGUCAGAGGCAGGAAAUGAACCUGGGCGGUGCAGGUUCCCGCCAGUGUUUCUAUGACCUCACUCCCACCAGCCAAUACCAGAUCAGCAUUUACACACAGAUUCAAGAUGUGGAGGGACCAUCUGUGUCCAUUACUGACAUGACACUGUCAGCGCCCACUCAGGGUCCAACCAACCCCCCCACCACAGAGCCCUCUCCUUCCAUCCCACCUGCUAAAGAAGUGUGUAAGGAGGCCAAGGCAGACCUGGUCUUCCUGGUUGAUGGCUCCUGGUCUAUCGGAGAUGACAACUUUAUGAAGAUUACUCAUUUUCUCUACAGCACCAUGGGGUCAUUGGAUCUGAUUGGCCCAGAUGGCACUCAGGUGGCCAUCGCUCAGUUCAGUGAUGAUGCACGGACAGAAUUCCAGCUGAGUUCCCAUAGCAACAAGGAAGCGCUUCUAGAAGCCAUUCAGAAGAUCAGCUACAAGGGAGGAAACACCAAGACAGGUCGAGCCAUCAAACAUGUGAAGGAAUCCAUUUUCACUCAGGCAGCAGGAGCCAGGAAAGGCGUUCCAAAGGUCCUGGUUGUUCUGACUGAUGGGCGUUCACAAGACGAUGUGAACAAAAUCUCAAAGGAGAUGCAAACGGAAGGCUACAUCAUCUUUGCAGUUGGCUUUGCGGAUGCAGACUAUGGCGAGCUGGUGAAUAUUGCCAGUAAACCCAGCGAUCGGCAUGUGUUUUUCGUGGAUGACCUGGAUGCUGUGAAGAAAAUAGAAGAGCAGCUCAUCACCUUUGUCUGCGAGGCUGCCACUGCCACGUGUCCGUCUGUGCUGAUGAGCGGUAACACGAUGGCAGGUUUCAGAAUGAUGGAGAAGUUUGGCCUGGUGGAGAAGGAAUACAGCGUUAUACCUGGAGUCUCUCUGGAGCCAGGUUCCUUUAACAGUUACCCGUGUUACAGGUUACACCGUGACGCUCUGGUGUCACAGCCCACAAGGUACCUUCACCCAGAAGGUUUACCAUCUGACUACACAAUUUCCAUGAUGCUCCGUUUACUCCCUGAGACACCGCAGGAACCCUUUGCAUUGUGGGAAAUCCUCAACAAAAACAAUGAGCCUUUGGUGGGACUAAUUCUUGACAACUCUGGAAAGACACUGUCCUUCUUUAACUACGACUACAGAAGAGACUUCCAGACUGUCGCCUUUGAAGGAUCAGAAAUUAAAAAAAUAUUCCACGGCAGCUUCCACAAGCUUCAUGUAACUGUCAGCAAAACAUCAGUGAAGGUGGUGUUGGACUGCGCUGUGGUGGGAGAGAAGCCAAUCAGUGCAUCCGGGAACAUCACCACAGAUGGAGUGGAGGUCCUCGGACGAAUGGUUCGGUCCCGAGGCAAACAGGACAGCAGUGCUCCGUUCCAGCUGCAGAUGUUUGACAUCAUCUGCAGCACAUCCUGGCCCAGCAGAGAUAAGUGCUGUGAGUUGCCCGCGUUGAGAGUUGAAGAGCAGUGCCCUCCCAUGCCUCAUGCUUGCACCUGCUCCCAGGAAAGCACUGGACCUCCGGGACCCUCCGGACCUCCUGGUGGACCAGGAAUAAGAGGAGCCCGAGGAGACCGAGGGGAGCCAGGGGUGACGGGACCUCAAGGGCCUAUGGGAGAAAUAGGGCCACGUGGACCUUCGGGACUUCCUGGUCCUCAGGGACCCAAUGGACUCACCAUUCAGGGACCUCCAGGCACUCGUGGAGACAAAGGAGAGAGAGGAGAGAUCGGACCAGCAGGACCAGUGGGUGUUCCUGGAAGCCCUGGCUCACCAGGCAGAGAUGGCCCGCCAGGACUGAGGGGUCCGUUGGGUAACAGUGGACCACAAGGACGGCAGGGGCCCCCAGGACCUGUUGGAGUCCCAGGAGCCCCAGGUGCUCCAGGACCAGGAGGACCCACGGGGCUUCUAGGAGAUCAAGGACUUCCUGGCCUGGCUGGUACCAAAGGAGAAAAAGGAGAAAAAGGUGAGGUGAUGUCCCAUUCUGAAGUGAGAGCCAUUGCACGACAAGUGUGUGAGCAGCUCAUCCACAGUUAUAUGUCUCGUUAUAACUCCAUCUUGCACCAGCUCCCGCUCCAGUCAUCAUUAUCAGUCAAAACGGUGCCUGGACCACCUGGAGAGCCAGGUAGAAGAGGUCUUCCUGGUCCUCAGGGAGAGGCGGGCCCACCUGGCAGGCCUGGUUUCCCUGGUGCCUAUGGUCAGAACGGCCAACCGGGUGAAAGAGGUUUACCAGGAGAGAAGGGAGACCGAGGGAGUCCAGGCGUUGGGAGUCAGGGUCCUCGAGGACCACCCGGUCCUCCCGGUUUGGCAGGUGAAGGACGAUCAGGCAGCCAAGGCCCACCUGGUCGGCCCGGUAACCCAGGUACAGCAGGGAGGCCCGGUAAUCCAGGAGCCACGGGACAAGUUGGCCCACCAGGAUACUGUGAUCAGAACUCAUGUCUGGGAUACAACAAUGGAGUCCAAUCCCUCUCUCAGAGCAACUACAACCCUCCCUACGGAGAGCAGUACAACCCUGCUGCAGUCACUUAUGGCAACAACCAAGAAGGAGGCGAGGACGACCAGGAGGACGAGCAGGACCCCCACUACCAUGGUUACCCCUCUCAAUUGGCUUAUAGUCAACCUGGUUACCAUCCAAGCCACUCUGAGGACGUGGAAGUGAGGUCGCCAGGUGUGGCCAGGAGGUAUUCACGUGAUGUCAUCAUGGAGGGAGGCCCGAAGAAGGGAGGACUCACACUAAGUGCUUGA